GAGAAAAAUUCGUAAAAAGAGGGGAAAAAAAUGGCUUCUUGGAAUUCUAUACACCUUGAGGUUACCUAUGAGGUUCUUGGAUGGAUCGCAUUCGUCUCAUGGUCAUUUAGCUUCUACCCUCAAGUCAUCCUCAAUUACAGGCGAAAAAGUGUGGUUGGGCUGAAUUUUGAUUUCUUGGUGCUGAACAUGACGAAGCACUCGUCGUAUCUUGUAUACAAUGCGGUGAUGUUCUUCAGCCCCACAGUUCAAAGGCAGUAUCAUGAGAAGUAUGGAUUUAAAGAGAUGAUUCCUGUGGCUGCAAAUGAUGUCGCUUUUUCAGUACAUGCUGUUGCAUUGACAGCUUUCACUUUGUUCCAAGUUUUAAUCUAUGAACAUGGCAAUCAAAAGGUCUCAAAAACUUGUAUUGCAAUCACUACAGCUAUUCUGGUUUCUGCUGUGGUCUGUGUGAUCAUAGCCUCGCCGAAACAUUCGUGGCUCUGGCUCAUCUCUGUAUUCAACACAAUACAAGUAAUCAUGACAGCGAUCAAGUACAUUCCACAGGCUGUAAUGAACUUUAGGCGCAAGAGCACAGUUGGCUGGAGCAUUGGCAACAUUUUACUUGAUUUGUUGGGAGGCAUGCUGAAUUUUGCUCAGAUGGGUGUGCAAUCUAUAGACCAGGAUACAUGGGUAAACUUCUAUGGUAACUUUGGGAAAACACUGCUUUCAUUGGAAGUUGUAUUUUUCGACCUUCUCUUUAUCUUCCAGCAUUAUAUACUCUAUCCUGCCAAAAAGGAAGAAAGAAAUCAGACAAUUGUGCAAGAGAGAAUCGGCCCACUUAUCAAGUCUCCAAACAAUUCUGUAUCAACAAAUGUAUAAAGGGAUAUCUUGGCUUUUUAAUGUUUUCUUUUUAUUUUGUGAAUAGAAUGGAGGGGAAAUUCCUCCAGAAAACAUCUUUUCAUUUGAUGUGGUAAAACUAGUCAUGUGCAGAUGCGCUUAUCUAUAUGCCAUCAGAUAGCAUUCCUUAUUUACAACACAGAAUUCAGGUGAUAAUAA